GCGUACUCCACUACCUUACUUGUACUUGCUCUAGGCAAUUUCGUUUCGUGAAAUGUGACAGUGCAUUGUAAAAUAGAGCGUGCAAACUCGCUCAUGAUCUGUAGAAUAUAUCAGCUCGAACAUAUAUUUUUGAACUACAAUCCCAAAAUGCUACUGGUUGCGCGUUACGCGCCUAUUCCUUUCGAAAGACGAAAAGUGUUUGUUGCAUUGCACCAGUACUCAAGCCCGAACUAAACCAUUUAAAUGCACGAGAGCCAGCGCAUCUGUUCCUCUCAAAUCGGGGGCGACUAGCACCGGAGCGAGUAGCUCUAGUGUUUUAAAAUCUUGACAGAAAUACAACUUAAAAGCCCAACCCAAAAAGUCGAAGUGCCUAGAGAGUACUGAGAGUGCACGAAGUGAACAAGCUGAACCAAGCUAUACAGGAAAAAUUAUAGAAACUCAAACAAGAUGAAAUGCGGCGUUUGAGUUUUAAUCCAUUUUGAUACUUAAUUAACUUGUCCCCACCUCAACUCAUUUUAAAAUAAAAUUCUAGUUUUCUCUUGCAAAAAUGAAAAAAAUGUGCAAUUAUUGGAUCUUAACCAGGGUUGAAAACGGUACUGUCCUUGUCCUGACAUCACGUGCUCACAUGAUUCAUAUUUAUUAGUCACAUGUCACUUGUUUUGACUUAAACAAAUAUUUGUUGUUUUUGUGAAAAAUCAAAACAAACUAUUCUUUUGUUAAAUGCAUUUAAUUUAAAAUUUAUCCUAAAGAAUGGCACUCACGAAUAUUUUAUUGCUUAGUCAAAUUGCUGGCUACGUUAUUGCCCUGGUCCUGUCGCUAUGCAUUAUUGUGCCUAUGAGCUUGCAACAAGAUGAUUUUAAGGGCCAUUGUCUCUUAUUUUCUACUGGCGAAUGGCAGGAAACAGAUGGACAACUAGCAGUACAUUGGGCUUCGCAGGGCUAUUGUAAUUACACAAUAUUUGUUGGAGUUAUGCUGGGUCUCGUUGCUAUUAUUCAAAUUUACAGAUUAUCAAUUUUUCUUUACAAGGGUAUCGAUAGCAGCUUCUUGUCAGCUUUUAUCGAUGUAGUUUCGGGUAUAUUUUUGAGCGCAGGCACUAUUAUUGCAGCUUGUAUGAUUACUUUUGGUUUCAUGGCAUGGUGUGAAAAUAUGACUCAAAGAUUUCCUUCAUGUGAAAUGGCUGCUGGUCAAGACAUAGACAGAAAGGACAAAAUCAACACAAAGAAUUUUUAUAUAGAAUUGGGCACUGCACAGUUUGGUGUUUGGGGCUCUUUUGCCAUUUGGGUAGGCUUAACGGUUUGCGCUAUUAUUAAAUUGUUGCGAUACCAUCAACUGGAAAAUAUUAGGGUAUCUAUGUAUAGAGAAAGGCAAAGACUUAUCAAUGAAAAUGCAGAUUCACCAGGUAGUUCUUUAGGUCGCGAAUCAACAACCACACAAUCAACGGCUACUGCGGAGUGAUUAGCUCGAAGAAUACUGCAUUAUCCUUAUGUAAUCAUUUAUGCGAUAAUCCAUAUAACCUUGUUUUUACAUCAUACUGUAUACAGGUUAAUUAAUAUCUUUUAAAUAGAUUAGGUAAAGCAUACUAUACAUAAUUAUUAUGUUAAAAAAGGCAAUGAAAAAGAUUGCCAAUUAUUUUAAAAAAUUACUUAAAUAUUGAAAAAUAGUUGAGCUUUGCUUAAUGGUGCUACAAACAAUGUAGAAAAAUUCCUAACAAUUUUUAAUAAGAACCUUUUGCAUUGCUACAUGGGCUAUUCAAUUGUGAUUUCAAUUUGGAAGCAGGAUAAUCUAAAUUGAAAAUAUAUAUCUUCGUCUUGAAAUUAAAUAACCAAUACUAGUUUUGGUAUGCUGAUUAUUGUGAUAUCUACAUUAUAUUAUAUUAAACUAAAUCAUUGGAAAUGAUUAAAUAAAACAUUUUUGUUGAUAAUUUUAUAUUUAUAGAGCUUGUAUUUUCAACUUAUAUAGAUUUUGGAGAUUAUUGUUUCUCAAUUUUAACUCUUUACAUUUUACGUUAAUGUUUUUAGGUAAUAUUGAUUGAAUAAACCAGUAUAGUUCCA